AGCUACAGCCUCGAAUUCACACUUAAUUCACUUUUCUCUUCAAUUCCCUUUGAUUUCGAUAGCCCUGGCGGCAUUUUAUAUUAUUCCUAUUCCUAUUCAUUAAUCAGCAUAAGCCGCCAGGAUGCGCUACUCACUCAUAACCGUCUCAGGCGUACUCGCCGUUGCUUCUGGACACGGCCUUGUGACGUCUAUUAAGGGAGCUAAUGGGGUGACAAUGCCCGGUCUUAGUGUUGCCGAUGGAACGCCACGAGACUGCAGCUCCAAUGCAUGUGGCUCUCAGGCGGAUACCGCUAUCAUCAGGGACCGCGAGAUCACUAGUGGCAAGGCCUCCCCUCUCGGUCGAACCCAGGGCAACGGCCCUAUCGACGCCGCCACCAUGAUACAGAGUUUCAUGGGCGGCGCAACUGCCCCUAAAAACAACGGCUCGGCUGCUUCGGUUGGCGUUGAAGACCAAAUUCCGGCGAACGCUGGCAAGCGAGACAACUUCUUCGUCCGUGGGCUCAAAGACUUGCUUGGGGGCCUAACGGGCAAGAGCGGUGGCACAAAGACCUCGGCCGCGCAAGAAACAUCGGUUGCCGCCACCGCUGGCAAGGGCGCUACCUCCGGUCUACCGACUUCAGCCGACGAUGGGUCAAUCACUAUGAACUUCCGACAAAUCAACCAGGACGGCGCCGGUCCGAUAACAGCUGCUGUUGAUGGAACUUCAGGAGGUACAAAAGAGGAUGCGUUCAAGACGGCCGAGGUCACGCAAGACGUGCCCGGAGCGGGAUUCCUAGGACUGUCCUUGGCUACCAACACGGAUUUCCCGCUAACCGUUCAAAUGCCGGCGGGCAUGACUUGCGACGCAACUGUCGGCGGUGCCAGCAAUGUCUGUGUCGUGCGAGUCCGAAAUAACGCUAUCGCUGGGCCAUUCGGUGGAUCCGCAGCUUUCACUCAGUCUCCUGCUGCACGCAAGAGGGCUUUGAACUACCGCAUGAAGAUGAAGCGCCAGAGUGAGCAGAACCGCCGCCUUCGGAAGUAAGAGCAAUAGGUACGGAUUGUAUGUACUAUGGGAUAAAGGUUAUGAAGGCGUUGGGACUCGACGGGUCGAGAUCGGAUAUUUGGGUUUAUAGUUCUUAUACCUCAUGGUUUGGCUGAUAGAGAAUUCUGGUGAUUCUAGGAAAUUAUAUUAUUGGUUACGUUGACGUUUGGUGCAAGCAUUUGAAUUUUGAAUUGUGA